GAAAAAAGCUCACUAUGGGUUCCGCUUUACAGCUUGCUGGACAGAUGGGGGUGAAAAACAAAACCAAACCCCAAACCCACUCUUUUUAGUCCAGUCCGCUAGAGAAAUGCAAGUCGGGAGUUGAGGGCUUCUGGAUUCUGGUGACGUAUUGCCGCGCUCCCUCCUCCGCCCUCGGGGACGCGCGCCCAUUGGCUCCCGCUGAUUGGCUCGCUUGGAAACGAGCAAGCUCCGGCACCUGUGAGCGGGGGCGGGCUAGCCGCCAAGUUGGCCGCGUUCUUUCCGAGUCCUGGAGGCUCGGCGCGGCAGGACUCGGAAUUUUGGGCCAUAGCGACACUGAGCUCGGACCAGUGCCCUGUUCUUCGCCUUCAAGCUCCCUUCGCUUGUCUCCCGGGCCCGGCUCUUCGGACAGCCCGGGUAAAAGAAAAGGAAAAACAAUAGCAAAAAACUUUUAUCUCAUUUUCUUUUCGAUUUUCAACUGCUUAGGAAGCUGCAAGCUUGAAGAAUUAUUUUUAGUAUCAAACAAGAUGGAUCCCAGCAGUGAUUACCAUUUCUUAAACCAGAUUUUGGGUAGAAGGGUGAAAAUUACUUUAGUCUGUGGCAUCUUCCAGGGUGUGCUUCAACAUGUGGACCCUAGCAAGAUUAUUGUUCUGAAAAAAGUCAAGAAUUUGGAGACUGGCAGAAGUGUCCCAGGAGUGAAGAUGUUUUUUGGCCAUGAAAUUGUGAAUGUGGAACUGCUGGAUGAUAUGGAACAAGGAGUAGGAGAAAAGACAGCUUCUGUUAGGGAUAGCCUAAAAACAGAAGGAACAAGGAUGGACAAAGUGAAAGAAGCAGACCAGAGUCUGAAUGAUUCAGCUUCUUCUUCCUUUGAGUCACAUACUAUCACCUUGCUGAAUGACUUAAAAUACAGUCCAUCAGAGGAAGAAGAUGUGACGUACACAGUAGUUAAUCAGUUCCAACAAAAGUUUGGUUCUGCUAUGCUGCACAUCAAGAAACAGAGUGUCCUGAGUGUGGCAGCUGAAGGAGUUAAUUUAUGUCGUCAUGGGAAACUCUGUUGGCUUCAGGUGGCAACAAGUAGUCGGGUUUACUUAUUUGACAUUUUCCUUCUGGGAAGUCGAGCUUUCAAUAAUGGACUUCAGAUGGUAUUAGAAGAUAGAAAGAUUUUGAAGGUUAUUCAUGAUUGUCGUUGGCUUUCUGACUGUCUUUCUCAUCAAUAUGGAAUUGUUCUUUCCAAUGUAUUUGACACGCAGGUAGCUGAUGUCCUUCAGUUUUCCAUGGAAACAGGUGGUUUUCUUCCACAUUGUAUCAGUACCUUGCAGGAGAGCUUAAUUCGACAUCUUAAAAUGACCCCCAAAUGUGUCUCCUUCCUGGAUGACAAGCAAAAGAUGGUUCAGGAGAAUCCUGAAAUAUGGUUUAUGCGACCCCUCCCACCUUCCUUGCUGAAAGUUUUAGCCCUGGAGACAAUGUAUUUGCUGCCCCUUCGCUUGUUACUUCUGGAUGAGAUGAUGUCUGACCUGACUACACUGGUGGAUGCAUACUUGAAUACCUAUCGGGAAGGAUCUGGAGAUUUGUUAGGAGGCACUGAGCCAUCAUGUAUGGAACUACCAGAGGAAUUACGUCAGUUGAUGGAUUUCCAGAGACUUCGAAGAGAACGAGCCAUGAAAGAUUAUGAGACAAAUGCAGAGGGGCUUCUUGUCAGACCACAAUUAACAUAUCCCAAAGAAAAGGCAGUGGAAGAAGGGAAACAGAAAAGCACUAGAGGUUCUUUGUCUUUUGAAGGAGCCAUGCUUCCUAAAACUUUGGAUUUAGGAUAUCUCAAACCUCAGCAGGCUCAGGAAGAUACAUGUUUGCAGAAACAAGAAACAAAAUAUGACAGUAAACAAGUGAGAACAAAACAUCAACAUGCAUCUUCCACAGGGAAGGUCACAGAAACAGGUGACUCUACCACAAAGACAUCUAAUUGUUUUGGUUUACAGGGGUCAAAGGAUGUCAGAGUAACUCAGAAGGAACAAACUGAUAUGCCAAACAAGACUCAAUCCAGCAUGUCCUUGCAAGAGAAAAUAGAGCUGCUGUUGAUGGGGGGGAAGGAAGAUGAGAAUGUAGAAAACAAAGUGUCUGUCUCUUUCUCUUCUGCAGGAAACUAAUGUUUCUAGGAGAUUACUUUCAACCUUUAAAGAGAACUAUAUAGUUCCCUAAUCUUACUCUUAUCCAAAAUAAGAUUAGAUCAGCCUUGAAGAAGCCUGGCUCCUAGCUAAAUUCAUAUAUAACUGCUCUGCAAACCUAAAAGCAGGCUUUCAGUCCCUGUAAUGGAACAUGUAUAUAGUCAUCUUCCUAGUUUUGUAAGUGUUGGAAGAGUUUUUUCCUAGUGUGUAUAAUUUUUGGUUCUUAUAUGUGAUCUUAUUCUGUCUUCACUUCCUACUCCUUAGUAUUUUAUUUGUUUUUGUUAUGGUGAGGGUGAGAAAAAAGACAUGUUAAGUAAUGGAGAAA